AUGGCUGCGGAUUGGUUGGGUAGUUUGGUGUCAAUUAACUGUGGACCAACACUGGGCGUCUAUCAGGGAGAGGUGUCAUCUGUAGACCAGUGCAGCCAAACCAUCUCUCUCAGACAGCCUUUCCAUAAUGGAGUCAAGUGCCCUGUUCCCGAGGUCACAUUCAGUGCCAUUGACAUAAAGGAACUGAAGAUUUUAGAUAUCAGAAAUGGCAACGCGAGGAACAACUUUUCAGCAUCGACAAAGGUAAACAGCAAUCCAGUUGCAGUCCCAAAAGGCGACCCCAGGUCCUUGGACAAAGUAAACUCUCCUCAGCACUGCUCCAAAAGCUACGGUGACCGUCACCUGGAUAUUCCUGGUCAGCCUAAAGGAUUUCGUCGAAGACAUAACUCAUGGUCAUCUAGUAGUCGAGGGGCAAACCAAGCCACACCAAAAAAGAAUGGGGUGAAGAACGGUGGCAGCCAGAGGCAGCACAGAGACGAUGAAUGUUUUGGGGAUGGUAUGGAUGACGGCCUCGAUACAGACUUUGAUUUUGAAGGAAACUUAGCUCUUUUCGACAAAGCAGCAGUUUUCUCAGAGAUUGACACAUCAGAACGCCGUAACGGUGCCAGGUCACGUGGGACUCCACAAGAGCAGACGCCUUCACGGUACCGCCAUGAUGAAAACAUCCUGGAGGCCAAACCGAUAGUGUAUAGACAGAUCACUGUGCCGCAGCCAGGGGCCAAUGAGUACUGCACUGACUCUGGACUUGUUGUACCCAGUAUAUCCUAUGAACUACACAAGCGGCUGUUGUCAGCUGCGGAGCGUUAUGGCCUUUCAUUGGAGCGGAGACUUGAGAUGACAGGAGUGUGUGCCAGUCAGAUGGCACUAACAUUGCUGGGUGGACCCAACAGAUUCACUCCAAAAAAUUUACACCAGCGUCCCACAGUGGCGCUGUUGUGUGGCCCUCAUGUUCAGGGGGCUCAGGGCAUCAGCUGUGGUCGCCACCUGGCCAAUCAUGAAGUGGAGGUUAUCCUGUUUCUGCCCAAUUUUGUCAAGAUGCUCGACUCAGUCACCAGUGAGCUCACACUCUUUAACAAGACUGGAGGCAAGCAGGUGUCAAGUAUCAAAGACCUUCCAGACACUCCAGUGGACCUAAUCAUUAACUGCCUUGACUGCCAUGAGAACACAUUCCUGAUGGAUCAGCCUUGGUACCGCGCAGCUGCAGACUGGGCGAACAAGAACCGGGCACCAGUGCUCAGCAUAGACCCUCCUGUUGUGGGACAGGGGCAGGCAGUGGAGGCAAAGUGGUCCCUCUCUCUUUGCCUCCCUCUUCCCCUGGCAGAGGGGGCAGGCAGGGUUUACCUGUGUGACAUAGGUAUCCCUCGCCAGGUGUUCCAGGAAGUGGGAAUCAAGUACCUUUCUCCUUUUGGGUGCAAAUUUGUCAUCCCCUUGCAUUCUCCAUGAUUGGACUAAUGGUCAAUGUGACGUGACAGAUUUGAUCUUUCACCAUCCUUGACCAUUUGGGUUUUGGCGCCUUAUAUUUGAGAGUUUCAACUGUUUCACAGUUUAUCCAUUAAGUUUCUAACUCAUCAACAUGAGAAUGUGACUUUUCCCUCAUACUGAAGGACCAUUGUUUGGUACAUUUUGUUUUACAAGGACUACGCGCAUAUGGAUGGGUUAGGAUAGGAAAAGAUUUAAAAUCUAGAUUUUUAGUUUAAAAACUAAUGUCAAGACCAUUAGAGACUUGAGGAGAGUAAUUAUGUAGAUGCCAAUGUGUUCACAUGAUAUUACAGGAUAUUUAGAAUAUAUGUUAUUCAAAAAUACAUCUGAAAUAUUAGGACUUGGUGUUAAAUUGAAUAGGACAAUCUCUAUUUUUUGAAUGUCACUGUAAUCUAACCUCAAUCCAAAGCCAUCUGGUGAAUAAACAGACCCACCAUAUAAUACAUGCAGAUACAUUGUUAUUACAUUAAGCUGGAUGAGACAACAGAAAUCCAACUUGCAUAGUUAUUAUUGCUAAUGGCCUUGCUUGUCGCAUGCCAUUCAUUGCAGCACUCAGUUACUGUUAUCUGAUGUUUUUGUUAGGAUAGCUUUCAUAUUUUGAAAUUGUAAUACCGUCAGGAGGAAUUCAGUCUUUAGCAGAUGUGGAAGAUGCUUCGUUUAUAUUAAUAAUGCUGUGUUUUCAGACUAGACCAGUGGUGACUGGGGCAGCUACUGGAGAGAAUCCAGAUAUCGCCAGUUUUGUUUGUUCUUGGUUAAUUAGGCCGUGAUGAUAAGGGCUCUGAUAAGAUGACACAGCAUGCGGAACCUCUCAUCUUGCCUUUUUAAGUGAUGAUAUGAGGAAAAAAACAACUUAAUUUUGGUUUAGUUGUGUCGGUUAAAGGACCAUACCAGUUUGCCUGCAAGUGUCAGUACUUAAACUAGAGAUCAUUUAUAUUUAACAUUUGUGCUGAUAAUUUUUAUUGCAGGCCACACAGUUUAAACUUUUAUGUCUUUUUGCUAAUGUUGCAUUAUUGUUGCUUGGUAUUAUAGAUUAAGCACAGAAUGACUUCAGAUGUCUGCGUUGCAUCACACUGACGAGCAUUAACGCACACUUGAUUGAUUACGCAACUCGAGCUGAUUUCAAAAGUGUUGCAAAAGAUUUAUUUUUUUAAAUAUCGUACGAUAAUGAAUAGAAACCAGUGAAUGCUUGGAAAUGUCAACAAAAUAUAUUCGACUGUCUGGAAGCUGAAUGGUCUUCAAAGUAGUUAAAAGUAGUUUUGUUGUAACAUGAAAGCGAUUAAUAAUAAAUGUGCUAACACAUGCAAAACCA